CUCGGCGAUCGCCCGGUACCGGUAGUCGUGACUGGAUGUCAAGGCCGCGACGGCCAGCAAACGUAAACAAUGGCAAACAAUCACUACAGGAACCUUUAUUCAACGUUCAUUUCCUUACAACAUAAGAAAGGUGCAGCUAGUGGCCUAGUAUUAGGCAUGAAUCUCCUCAAACUAUUUGAUAAUAGCGAUAAAAUCGAUACAAAUGUCGAAACUGUACGACGCGCGCAGUUGAGCCAAGAUAGGAAUUCGGAAACCGGCAAGGACAGGCUUAGGCAAAUGUUUAAAAAAGACGAUUUUGGGGAUUUAAGUCCUGAAUUACAAAUGGUCACUCAGGGAGCAAUGAUGGGACUUUUUUGUGGAUCAAUUUUAGGAGGUAGCAUCCACUCACGAGAAAGCUAUCUUAAAUUUAUGGAAAGCAAUCAAGCAACAGUAUUUCACAAUCACAUUGAUGCAAAGAAGAGAUUACAAGAUAAGGUCUUUAUAGGAUUUUUCCGUGGUGCUUGGAUGUGGGGCUGGAGGCUGGGUUUAUUUACAGGAUCAUUGGUAUUCAUCACAACUACUAUAUCCGUUUACAGAGGCAAAUCUUCAAUACUUGAGUAUAUAACAGCUGGAACGUUAACAGGAAUGGUUUACAAAUUCAAAAGUGGUCCCAAAGCAAUGAUAGCUGGUGGAGCAGUUGGAGGCUUUUUAGGAACAAUUGCUGGAAGCAUUUCACUUGCACUUAUGUAUGUAACAGGGACUUCGAUGGAAGAAAUACGUUACUGGCAAUAUAAAUGGAAAGAAGAUUAUCAACAAUCCAAGCUUCAGAGACUACGAGAGGCAAGAGAAAAAGAAACUGACCCUCUACUUAUUGGGCAUAAUCAAGUUCUCCUUAAAGAGGAGUUACAGUCAUUAGGUGAGGAUAUAGAAAAAAGGAAUUCUCAAGAAACUUCACCUGCUUCUCAAGAAACUUCGUCAGCUUCAGAAACGCAAUAAAAAAUAUUGUGAUUAAUGCAUGUAUAGUUAUUCUAAGAAGAGUUAAGUUAUCAUUUUGUAUAGUUAUAAUUUUGUUAAAUCCUAUAGACAUUAUAUAACUUUUUAAAUAAAACUUACAAACAUCAA